AUGAAAGUCACCGCUCUCCUCGUCGCCGCUGCUUCUGCUCAAAACGCCGAAAAGCGAUUGAACAAGAUCAGCAGACAUAUGGACACUCUCCUCGAUUUGAUGGAAAACAACACCACCGCUUCCGUCGCCAGAGUUGGCCGAGCAAACGCUUGGGUCACCAAGCUCCUCAGCCAGGCUGGCCAAAUCAACGCCACCCUUUGCGCCACAGUCGAAUCCAUCGACGAAGCCGGUGAUGCCCUCGUUUUCGACCAGGAAAGCUACUGCAAGCUCACCGGACAAGUGCAAACUGCCCUUCGCUCCUACGUCCGCACCUUCGGCUGCCCCGAGACGUACCCAAAGAAGAACUUCGAAGCUGUUUUUGCCAAACGAACGAACCGCGUCAAGAACAUUUUCUCCCGCGCUGGUGACUGUUGA